AAAGAGAAAAGGGCGCUGAGGCGUGAGUGGAGGAAGUGCGCCAGGUCUCCUGGCUUGCUGCGCCGCUUGCUGGUGGGACAGCUAGGUGAGCCGGACAUGCUGCUGCGCUUGAAGUUGGGGCUGCACCCGCUGCUGCCGCUGCUGCUUCUGCGGCUGCUGGGUGCCUCCUCCCCCAGCGUCCUAGCUGCACCCGCACAAACCAAGGACGCAGUGGAGCUGGACUUUUCCACUGAGCAGCCAGUGCACCUGGUGAGCCCCGCCUUCCUGUCGUUCACCAUCGACGCCAACCUGGCCACGGACCCGCGGUUCCUCACCUUCCUGGGUUCUCCAAAGCUUCGUACUUUGGCCAGAGGUUUGUCUCCUGCGUACCUGAGAUUUGGUGGCUCCAAGACAGACUUUCUCAUUUUUGAUCCCAAGAAGGAGCCAAGCUUUGAAGAGAGAAGUUACUGGCAAUCUCAGCUUAACCAGGAUAUUUGCAAAUCUGGAUUCAUCCCUUCUGAUGUAGAGAUGAGGUUACAGUUGGAAUGGCCAUUCCAGAAGCAAUUACUACUUAAAGAACAAUAUUACAAAAGGUUCAGGAACACCACCUACUCAAGAAGCUUAGUGGAUAUACUAUAUACUUUUGCAAGUUGCUCAGACCUGCACUUGAUCUUUGGUCUAAAUGCCUUACUACGAACAGCAGAUUUGCAGUGGAACAGUUCUAAUGCCCAGUUGCUCCUGGAUUACUGCUCUUCUAAGAGUUACAACAUUUCUUGGGAACUAGGCAAUGAACCUAACAGUUUCCAGAAGAAGGCUGGUAUUUUCAUCGAUGGAUUGCAGUUAGGAGAAGAUUUUAUUAAGUUGCAUAAACUUCUAGAAAAAUCUGCUUUCAAAAAUGCAAAUCUCUAUGGUCCUGAUGUCGGUCAGCCUCGAGGAAAGACUGUUAAGAUGCUGAGGAAUUUCCUGAAGGCUGGGGGAGAAGUGAUUGAUUCAGUUACAUGGCAUCACUAUUACUUGGAUGGGCGAACUGCUACCAAAGAAGAUUUUCUAAACCCUGAUGUGUUGGACACUUUUAUUUCACCUGUGCAAAAAAUUUUUCAGAUUGUUGAGAAGACCAGACCCCACAAGAAGGUUUGGUUAGGAGAAACAAGCUCUGCAUAUGGAGGUGGAGCACCCUUGCUGUCCGACACCUUUGCGGCUGGUUUUAUGUGGCUGGAUAAAUUGGGCCUGUCAGCCAGACUGGGCAUAGAAGUGGUGAUGAGGCAAGUAUUCUUCGGAGCUGGAAACUACCACUUAGUAGAUGAAAACUUUGAACCUUUACCUGAUUAUUGGCUCUCUCUUCUAUUCAAGAAACUGGUAGGCACCAGUGUAUUAAUGGCGAGUGUGAAAGGUCGAGCCAGAAGCAAACUUCGAGUAUACCUUCAUUGCACAAACAUCAACCACCCAAGGUAUAAAGAAGGAGAUUUAACUCUGUAUGCUUUAAAUCUUCAUAAUGUCACCGAGCACUUCCAGUUACCACAUUACUUAUCUGACAAAGAAGUGGACAGAUAUCUUGUAAAACCUUCAGGACCUGAUGGAUUAUUUUCCAAAUACGUCCAACUCAAUGAUAAAACUCUGAAGAUGGUGGAUGAUCAGACCUUGCCAGCUUUGACAGAAAAACCUCUUGGCCCAGGAAGUCCACUAAGCUUGCCAGCUUUCUCAUAUGGGUUUUUUGUAAUAAGAAAUGCCAGAGUGGCUGCUUGCCUCUGAAAAUGAAAGGCAUACAGUAGUCCUGAGACUGAAUUUUUCAAGUGUAUUGAGAAGAGGAAAGCAAAACUCAAGCUAUAGAAAGGCAAGCAAAUACAUUAUGAAUCAACUAGUGGGAGCUUUAGAGACACUAAGACACCUUUAGACCAGACUCAGUGUUUUGUUCUGAGUAAACUAUUGCUGGUAAUAAGACCUUGUGCCAAACACUGUGAUUGUACUUUGCAUGUAAUAUUUUUAUUUAAGGUUAUUAAAAAUGUAUAUGAAUGCUUCUAAUACAGCCAGGAGGCAAGCAAAUGAGGAUAUAUUAUUAGUUUUAAGAAAGUGCUUAGUUGUUUUUAUUCUCAAAGAAACAGUUAUUAGAAGAUUGUCAGACUCAUUCUUGCAUAGACUAUUUCCAUUGGCACCAAUCAGAAAAAGUUUACUACCAUAACUUUCAAAUUGUCUAUAAAAGAGCAACAAAAUCUUUUUGCACCUUAACAGAGAGCAAAAUUCAGUUGCUGCUUCUCCUCUCUUUGUUCUGUUUCUCUUUGCUAGUAAUACUCUGUGAGAGGACAGAUGAUACAUAUGAUCAUAUAAAAAAUGAUUAAUGACAAUUGUUUUGACAGAGGGAUGGUAUUAUGUAAAACUCAAAUGAAAUAAAAAAAUAACUAUAAGAGGAAUUGACUUACAGGAGGAGAAAAUUUAGUUCAAUGCAUUAUAACCACAUGUUAAUGUUCACUUUUGUUCUACCUGUAGUUAUCGUUUCAGUUGGGGAGCUUUUGUAACAGAAAACCUUGAUUCUAAUGGCUUAAGAAUAAGGACAUUUAUAAUCCUGAAUAAUAAGAAGUUCAAACAGGAUGGGCUUUGUAGCUCAGUGAGGAACCAGGCUCCCUCCACCUUGCUCUGCCACCUUUAGUACUGGCUUCAUACUCAAGCUGGUGGCAUGAUGGCUGUAGCUCUUCCAUCGACCUGUUGAGACCUGGCAGCACCCAGAGGAAAAAGAUGAACAAUUUUUCUGUGUCUCCUUCACAGACCUGAAGAACUUUUUCACAGAGGUUCUCCCAGCAAACCUUGUGUCUCCACAUGUCUUAUUGGUCAGGAAUGGAUCACAUGGCCAUUCUCCCCAGUCACUGCCAACAUCACUGAAAUUCCUGUAAUUAUCUGCUAGUAACAUUUUGGAAUGGAGUGGGAGUUGGGAAGUUCAUGGUACUGACCACUACAGUUCUGUGCUUUUAUCAGUGACUGGAUGUAUUAUUUUCUUCUGUUCUAAUUUUUAGAAAUAUAAUCCUCUUUAUAUUUACACCAAACAUAAAUAUAUAGGUCUCAAUUAAAUUUAAUUAUACUUAUGGGGAGCUAAAGCUGGGACUUAAAGUUUGGGUGUGCUUGAGUACAUAUAGAUAGAUAGAUAGAUAGAUAGAUAGAUAGAUAGAUACUAUAUAUAUAUAUGUAUAUAUAUAUAGUUUUUAUAUUUCUACAGUUGAAAUAAAGUAAUUUUG